AUGGCAAGUACCAUCGAGGCUACUUUUGCUGCCCCCAGUCCAUCCGACACAGCUUCAUUGAGGAGCUCAUUCGACGUUCUAGAGACACCCUUGACCGAGAUAGAGGUUGAAGAUACUCCCUCGGUGACAUUUCCCGAGAGACCCGUCAAGGUUAUCAUUGUUGGUGCUGGAAUUGGGGGCAUUUCUGCGGCUGUCCUGUUGUCUCACAAGGUCAACAAUCUGACCUACACUGUCUACGACCGGAAUGCCAAAGUGGGAGGGACUUGGGCCGAAAACACAUAUCCCGGAGUUCGAUGUGAUGUGCCAUCCCACGUGUAUCAACUGACAUUCGCGCCAAACACUGACUGGACCGAGUACUACUCUCCAGGUUCAGAGAUUCAGCAAUACUACCAAAGGGUAGCUGAAGAAUAUGGUGUCAAACCUAAUCUCAGACUGUCGCAUGAAGUUCUCUCUGCUAGAUGGCUGACUCAGGAGCAUGAGUGGGCGAUUGAAGUGAAAGAUUUGGCUUCCGGUAAUAUCUUCACCGACAGAGCCAACUUCUUUGUUUCUGCUCCUGGACGAGUCAACCAGCCGUACUAUCCGGAUCUCAAAGGGCUGGAGGAGUUCAAAGGAACCGUAAUUCAUACAGCCCGAUGGAAUGCCAACGUCGAUCUCCGCAACAAGCAUGUAGCUGUGAUUGGAAACGGCGCCAGUGGGCAGCAGAUUUUACCCAACAUCUUGCCUGAAGUGGCACACAUCGACCAUUACGUCCGGUCAAAGACGUACGUCAGUCCAACGUUCCGUCAAGGCCUGAUUGAGGCUUCCCAGGAACUCCCAGGCGGGCAUAUCUAUUCGGAGGAAGAGAAGAAGUCGUUUCGCGAUCACCCCGAGAAGUAUCUGGCGUAUCGAAAAGACCUAGACAAGACACACUAUGGAGGUGUCAACAACCGCUUUGCCACGAUCGGAAGUGAAGCGAACCAAAAACUCCGCGAAAGUCUGUUGUCUGGAAUGCUGCAACGCUUGAAGGGAGACAAGGAGUGGCUCGCUCGCCUGACUCCGGACUACGCACCAGGUUGCAAGAGACUCACACCAGCCCCCGGAUACCUUGAGGCGCUCAUCGGACCAAAGGUCGAAUUUGUUGACACCAGCAUAGCCCGUGUGACGGCUACGGGCCUGGAAACUGAAGAUGGAAACGUGAGGAACGUCGACGUGAUCAUCCUCGCAACAGGAUUCCGAGAUGGCUUCUAUCCGCGAUUUCCCACAAUCGAUGAAAAAGGCCAGGACCUGUCCCAGGCCUGGCGACCAGGUGGAGAGAUUGGGUUUCCCGAGACGUACCUGGGCAUUAUGGCCCCACGGAUGCCGAACUACUUCUUUGUGCUGCAGGCGCAGGGUAACGCGUUCGGUGGGACUGUGCCGUACCAGUGCGAAAUCUCUGCGACGUACAUUGCACGCGUGAUCCGCAAAGUCCAGCGCCACGGGUACAAAGCCAUCCGCCCCUCGCCAAGAGCGGCGCAGGAAUUCAGCGUCGUUGUUGAUCGGUAUUUCGAAAAUUCGGUCAUUAACGACGGAUGCCGCACUUACUUCAAACUGGGCGGGAACACGGGCAAGGCGAGGAACGUGAUUGGAUUUCCCGGCACGACCAGACAGAGAUUGGAAGUUCUGUCUGAGCCCAGAUGGGAGGAUUUUGUCUUUGCAGACCCACGAGAUGGGGACGAGUUUGGUCCAGACGUAGACGCAGCCGCAGGGACCACCACCGCCGCCACCAUGACAUUGGACGACUUGGAAAAGAAUAACCGGUUCUUGAGAUUCUGGGGCGAUGGCAGGACAGCUCUUGACAGGGCGAACAACUUGGAUGCUAUGACUGACUAUCUGACGGAAGUUGGCAAGGUGGACUUGAGACGUUUACACGAGGAAGUGGUGUGA